AUGUUUGACUCGAUAAACACAAAGAUGAUCAUUGUCAUGUUAUUUGUUUUCCUCUCACUUUUCUUCGUGAGCUCAAGUGCUAGAAUAUCACAAUGGACCGAUCCACAAAAAAAUCUUCCAACAAGAAACAACCAAAAUGUACCAGAAGGACCCAAUUCUAUACAUAAUCCAAUCACUGCAUGGACUGAUUCUUUACAAAAUAUUCAUGCAAGAAUCAACCACGAUGUACCAGAAGGACCUAGUCCAAUAGGUAAUCCAGUCGGAACAUGGACUGAUUCUCUACAAAAUAUUCAAGCAAGAAUCAACCACGAUGUACCUGAAGGACCUAGUCCAAUAGGUAAUCCAGUCGGAACAUGGACUGAUUCUCUGCAAAAUAUUCAAGCAAGAAUCAACCACGAUGUACCUGAAGGACCUAGUCCAAUAGGUAAUCCAGUCAGCACAGGGAUCAAUCCUAAAAAAAAUCAUCCAAUAAGAAAUAACCAAAAUGUACCAAGAGGAACCAAUUCUAUACAUAAUCCAAUCACUGCAUGGACUGAUUAUCUACAAAAUAUUCAAGCAAGAAUCAACCACGAUGUACCAGAAGGACCCAGUCCAAUAGGUAAUCCAGUCGGAACAUGGACCGAUUCUCUACAAAAUAUUAAAGCAAGAAUCAACCACGAUGUACCAGAAGGACCCAGUCCAAUAGGUAAUCCAGUUGGAACAUGGACUAAUUCUCUACAAAAUACUCAAGCAAGAAUCAACCACGAUGUACCAGAAGGACCCAGUCCAAUAGGUAAUCCAGUGGAACAUGGACUAAUUCUCUACAAAAUACUCAAGCAAGAAUCAACCACGAUGUGCCAAAAGGAUCCAGUCCAAUAG